AGUUUUGGGGGCAACUGUUGAGUCUGUCUUUGAGCUACUUAAUGGUUCUUGGCGACCAAAAUGCCCCUGUUAAUUCCUUCCAGUACACUUGCGGUCAAACUGCUAUAAGUUUGCUUGUUAAAAAUGACCCUCUCCAAAUUGGAUUAAAUUUGGAUCCUUCAAAACUGCAUCUUGGGACUUGCGUGGCCUCUACUACUACAGAUCCCAAAGGAUACCUGGCAUUCAAUUACAAAUUCACGGAUUGCAGUUUCACUGUUCUGACUUUUGGAAAUAAUGUAAAGUAUUCAGCAGUUUUGAUCUAUAAUCGCUCAGACACCAGCAUCAACCAGUACUCCAGUAACUCAGCCAGCAAUUACCCUCUGGAAUUUACAGACUCGGUUACAUGUAUUUUAACCAGAUCUCUGAACCCCACGGUGCCCCCUGAUGUUCCUGUGGUAGCCCAGCUGUCAGGAGAAGGCAUCCUUGAAUUCUCUGCCCAGAUAAUGAAUGAUGAUUUUUCCAGACCUUCUGACCAUAAAGAUUUUGCCCUGGGCUCCUCAAUAUCAGUGGAGUUAUCUGUAGUCACUGGCCAGCAUCAACCUCUGGUGAUUUAUGUGGAUAAAUGCACAGCAGCCACAACAGAGUCUCUUAAAGCUGCCACCCAAACUUAUAGUCUCAUCCAAAACCACGGAUGUUUUAUAGAUGGAAAAGAUGCUUCUUCUGCUUUCCAGAGCCGUCCUUCACCAGGUUCCAUCAGAUUGACCAUUGAAGCCCUACGCUUUAUUGAUUUAGACACAGAUAUUUUCCUACAUUUCCAGGUUAUGGUGUGGGACCCUAAACUUCAGAAUGAUGCUACAAGGAAGGCAUGUUCAUAUCGCAUGGACACCAACCGGUGGGAGCUUUUGGAUAAUCCUGCCCUCAGUUCACUCUGCGACUGCUGUGAGUCUGUGUGCACAAGUUCACUUAGAAAGAAAAGAGAUAUCAAUGGUGUUGAGGAGGAAGAGAAAGGCCUGGUUCACACAAUGGUUCUUGGGCCCUUUAGAGUUGGAGGGCAGGAUUGGAACGGGAAUGAAUCCAAAACAGUCUCUUCAAAACCAGACUUUCCCAUCCCUCCUGCUGUUGGCGCUCUCUUCCUGGAAGUGGCUGUCCUGUUGGUGCUGGCUGUAGGUAUUGCUGUAUACAGCCGUAGGAAAGCAAACUGGCAAGAGAUUGAGGCAGACCCUCUUGUAGCAACUGAGAAUUCUGAACCUGGAAUGAAGUAAUGCACUUAAUAAAAGCAUUCUAAUUACAAA